GGGCUGCCGCGCCGGGGCCCCGCUCACCGCCCGUCUCCGUCUCCCCCAGCGCUGUACGCGGUGAAGGUGCGCGCCGAGGCCAUGCAGGCGGCGGCGGAGGCGGUUCCCAGCGGGAUGCUCUCGGUCAUCGGCCGCCCGGAGACCAAUUACAGAUUUGCCUGCUUGGAAGCCCGUCAGCACUGUGAAUCACUGGGCAUAGAGAAACCCGUGUGUGAGAUCUCAAACUACUUGUUUCCAGACAGCAGAGUCAUUGCAGGACACUUACAGGCUUUGAAGUUUUUGCAGGAGAAUGCCCAAAAAUAUUCCUUCAUACGUACAAAAAUGCUCCCGGUCAGCGGAGCGUUUCACACCAGACUGAUGGAGCCAGCGGUGGAGCCGUUGGCUGAAGUCCUGAAAUCGAUUGAGAUUCAGAAGCCGCUGGUGUGUGUCUACUCCAACGUCAGCGGGAAGAAGUACAUGCACGGGGAGCACGUGCGGCAGCUGCUGGCGAGGCAGGUGGUGUCCCCCGUGAUGUGGGAGCAGACCAUGCACGCUGUGUACCAGAGGAGACAGGGAACAGAAUUUCCUUGCACGUACGAAGUGGGGCCCGGGAGGCACCUGGGAGUCAUCCUCAAAAAAUGUAAUUUGAAGGCCUGGAAACAGUAUAACCACAUAGAUGCGCUGGAGGAUGAGGAAGCAGCAGAGACCUAAGUAGCCUUUUGAGGGAAAAUCCACGCAACAUGUUUUUUCUGCCCGAUUUAAAAAUAACUUUGUGCUCCCGGAAGAGGAAGUCUUUUACCUUCACGGCUUCUCGUGAUGAAGAGCCCCGUGUACGUCAGCGCCGCCAGCAUUUUCCCUCCCCGUGUGCCUCACGCGGGAAGGGGAGAGCAAUGCCCGGCUCGUCUGCGCCGGGGCUGCCACUGAGCACACCCCAUAGCCGCCUGUUCGGCCUCAACCCUGUGAGCAACUUCCCCUCUCUUUGAUUUUCUCCUUUUCUUAAACCCGGGGGCGGGGCCGCGGAUGCAGGUUAAAGCGCUGGCGCGGGCCCCUCGGGGCGGGGGGCUGGUGGCUGCAGGGGGCGGUGGGAGCCAGGGGCCUUUGGAGCCCUCGGGGCACUGGUGGGUCCUUCGUGACACGGACUCAUGGGACAUUCAUCUCUCAAUUGACUUUGUGUCCCUGUUGCCAGGCAGCAGCCGGCCAAUGUAGAUGAUGUUGCUUGGAACGUGAUUUUCUUAAGGUUAAACUAAAUAAACUAUGAAGCUUU